CAGAAAAGUCGUCGGGGUCUGUUUAGAAAAAUCAUAAAAAAUUAUGCUCGCCCGCAAAUUAUGCAGAGAAAAAACCAAAUAAUCAUCGUAAAUACCAACAACUAAAAAGCUGUGGAUUGCCAUAGAUUAAAGCAACAAAUGUCGAGUGAAACAACAGGCGACAAAUGGCAGUGAAUGGAAUGGAAAUUGGUGGAGCUGCAAAAAAAGCUGAUGAAGGAGCGAUUGGCGAAUUGCCCGAAAUGAGGUGCCAAAUCAAAGACAACCAAUUAAAAAACCAAAUUUCGAGCAAUAGGAAGAAAGAAAACAGUGCCAAAUGCACUGGUUGGUUUCGCAUAAAAGAGCGUGGGCGUCGUGGAGUUGGACAUACUUGGUCUUCAUCCAGCAAUCCGAGCGGAGUUAUCCAUUCCUUACAAAACCAUAAUCAAAAUGCGCGUCCUUAUUGCUCUCUGCUUCGUGGCUGCUGCCAGCGCUGCUUCCCUGGGUGGAUACAACUACCAGCCUGCCGCUGCUGCCCCUGAGCCAUCCUACGCUGCAUCAGGACCUGCAUACACCGCUCCUGCCAUCCAAGAGCAGGCCUCCUACAGCGCUCCUGCCUCCUUCGCCCCUGCUGCCAUUGCUGCCCCCGAGGCUGCUCCUUCGGCCGAUGCUCCCAACUAUGCUGCUCCCCAGGCUGAGCUCCAGAAGGAGUUCUUCACCUACACCGCCGACGAAGGUGACUUCAACGAGCCCGCCGGUUCCGAGCAAGUGUCCCAGUCUCUCAACAAGGCCCUCCGUGUGAUCUUCAUCAAGGGACCCGAGAACAGUGGCCUGGAGAACGCUGCCGUUGCCCUGGCCAAGCAGGCUGGACAGCAGGAGACCGCCAUCUAUGUCCUGAACAAGCAGGCCGACAUUAGCGAUCUGAGCAACAAGUUGAACGCUAUCCGCAACAACAACAACAACAAGCCCGAGGUUCACUUCGUCAAGUACCGCACUCCCCAGGACGCUGCCAAUGCCCAGCAGGCCAUCCAGUCCCAGUACGACCAGCUGGGAGGAACCUCCACCAUCCAAAACGGCGGAGUGGCCCCCGUUCUGAACUUCGCUUCCCAGCCUGCUGUCCGCCAGGUGGCCGCCCCCUCCGCCCCUGGAAGCUCCUACCUGCCCGCUUCGGUGCUCCGAUUCCGCAACUAAGCGAAUCCCCUGACCUUACUGACCUAAGACCAGACUGACCCAUCCACGAUUCCUACGCACUCGCUGCGAACCACAUUUG